AUAAAAGCAUAUGUUCCAAGUGGAUCCGACACAGCUUCUGCAAAAAAAUUGAGGCAAACUUCUUUUCGCUUUUUUGAACGGAUGCAGUUUUUGGAAAUAACAUUAGCCACAGAAACCACCAUCAACUCUUUACCAUUUGAACCAGCAUCACUGCCUAGUACGUCAGCAUCAGAUCAUUCUUUAUUUGACAGCAACUGUUCUGAUUCGAUAAUCAAUUUAGACGUGAGUUCACCCGAAACAUCGCAACAGAACUGUUCUGAUUCGAUAAUCAAUUUAGAUGUGAGUUCACCCGAAACAUCGCAACAGUCAACAACGUCAAAACUGACGCACAACGAACCGAUAUCUGCAUCUUAUCUUUUUUCUUCAAAUACGGUUGCAUCAAAUGCCAAUUCAUCCAGUGUAUCAAAGAAUAAACGAAAGCGUUUUAAUAGUACUGAAAACGAAAAGAAGAUACAGGAAAGCUUAUUAGAAGCUUUAUGUUACCCAUUAAAGCAGCCAGAUGCAAUCGACGGAAUAUUGCUUAGAUUAGGUGAAGGUCUUCGUCGUUUACCUUACCGAGAAAGAACUCAAUUAGAAAUUCAAUGGUUACGCGAACUUAUGGCAGUUGAAGAACGAUGUUCUAAUAACUAAUGAAUAAGAUAACUUGGUUUAUUUAUUAUUUUGUUUAUUUUUAAAUUUUUAUACAGUUGAUCCGUUACUAUACAGUUACUAUGCAGUAUUAUAUAGUUUAUUGUAAUUUUAUUUUAUGAUUGCACUGAAUCUAAUUAAGUUACUUGUAAAUUGUGCAAUAUGUAAAUGUUUAAUUAUAGAUAAAGUCGUGCUACAGUUUAUGUAAAUGUUUUUGAUUAUCUGUUUUUUACAUUAAUCAUUAUAUUUAAAAAUUAUUAUUAAGCACUUUAUCCCAUUGCCAGGACAACGCGCUAAUAUCAUUAAAAAAAUUUGUAAAAUCUUCUCUAAUUUUUCUAGCUGUAGCAGAAUUAGAAGAACGAUCUUUCGNUAGAUUUCUCAAACCAUCAGAUAUUAUUGCUUGGUCUUGUGCAGUAAAAUUUGAAUAAUGUGUUUGUGUCACAUUUGAAUUUCUUUCGAUAAUCAUUAUAUAAUUAUGUAAAGCAGUUGUCGCCUGAAUAAUCUUUCGAACUGUAGAUACAGAAGCAAUUAUCGGUUUUCCGUAUAUCCUCCAUCGAGCAGCGAGUAUUCCAAACGCGCAUUCUAUUGAUCGUCUAGCACGACUUAAUCUAUAAUUAAAAAUCUUUUUUUUUAUGUCGAGAUUCUUUCGCAAGUAUGGCCUCAUCAUAAAUGUCGUUAACGGGAAUGCAUCAUCUGCGACUAAUACAUACGGCAAUUUUAUAUUACUAUUUAUAACAUAUUUUGCCUCAGGUAGUUGAAGCGAUCCAUUGAAGAAUCGCUUACCUAUCUC